UUCACCUGGUGGAUCGGCCACGUCCUCGUCCUCGUCUGCUCCAUCAGAUACUUCCUUUCUCUCCUCACCCUCUCCCUCUCCCCGCCAACCUCCUCCUCCCUCUCCUACCGCCUUGCCUUCAUCGGCGCAAUUACAACCUACGGCGUCGUCCUCUACAAAACCUACGUCAACAAAAUCCAAACACUCGACAUCAACUUCAUCGGCCGUCUCUUGCGGGAUGACAAUGCGCUCUAUUUCGGGGUCGCAGUAUAUUGGUUGUUGACGUCCAGAGUGUCGGUUGCGUUGGUUCCUUUCGCAACCUACAGUGUUUUCCACUUCUCGACGUAUCUGAGGAAUAACGUCAUCCCCGCCGUCUCUCCCUCCCUCUCCAAAUCCCCUCUCAGCACCAAGAUCACAGCUUUCGUCGACGCAAACUUCCCUCACGCAAUGCGCUUCGUCGCCGUCUUCGAGCUCGUCGCGAUCACGAUCCGUCUCGCCCUCCCUCUCGUCCUUUUCCGCGUCCGCGCGAUCUUCACGCUUUUGUUGUGGGUCAUGUUCUUAAGGUUCAGGGAGGCGAGCUCGACGCAGAUGAGGGAUGCGGUUGUCAGGAGUGGACAGUGGGUUGAUCACUUAUGUUUGCAGCCGGGAACCCCGGAUGUUAUCAGGAGGGUUGUGUGGCCCAGGGUUAAGGCUUUUGCGGCUGGAUUGCAGAUUCCGAGGGCUCCUGCUGCUGCUCAGGCCAACGCUUCUCCUAGAAAGACUCAGUGA